GGUUUCCCAUUGCCGCUCAAGUAGGGUCACCGUGACUUUCCUCUUCCAAGGUGGUGGAGAGUUGGGGAGAAUCCAGAGGACAUAUCGUAACCGUUUCCUCCUUUACCUCCGAACUGCCAAGGCUGCAGGGAAGGGACCGGCCCUGCCUCGGCCUGGGCUCCCCGUGAGGCGAGCUCAGAGGUCGGCCGGGCCGCCACAGGUUGGGGCUCAGCUACAUUUCCAGAACCAUCCAGUCAAGAUGGUAGACACAGAAAGCCCGAUUUGCCCCCUCUCCCCCCUUGAGGCUGAUGACCUGGAAAGCCCGUUAUCUGAAGAAUUUCUACAAGAAAUGGGAAACAUCCAAGAGAUUUCUCAGUCCAUUGGUGAGGAUAGUUCUGGAAGUUUUAGUUUUACAGAAUACCAGUAUUUAGGAAGUGGCCCGGGAUCAGAUGGAUCUGUUAUCACAGACACGCUCUCACCAGCUCCCAGCCCCUCGUCGGUCACGCACCCGGCGGCUCCCGGUGGUGCCGAGGAACCUUCCAGCGUAGCCUUGAACAUUGAAUGCAGAAUCUGCGGGGACAGAGCCUCGGGCUACCAUUACGGAGUCCACGCAUGCGAAGGCUGCAAGGGUUUCUUCCGGCGAACCAUCCGGCUGAAGCUGGCCUAUGACAAAUGUGACCGCAGCUGCAAAAUUCAGAAAAAGAACCGGAAUAAGUGCCAAUAUUGUCGUUUCCACAAGUGCCUUUCGGUCGGGAUGUCCCAUAAUGCCAUCCGCUUUGGAAGAAUGCCACGAUCAGAAAAAGCAAAACUGAAAGCGGAAAUUCUCACCUGUGAACAGGACCCAGAAGACGCAGAGACAGCAGAUCUCAAGUCCCUGGCCAAGAGAAUUUACGAGGCCUACCUCAAGAACUUCAACAUGAACAAAGUCAAAGCCCGGGUCAUCCUCGCAGGGAAGGCCAGCAACAACCCGCCCUUUGUCAUACAUGACAUGGAGACGUUGUGCAUGGCUGAGAAGACUCUGGUGGCCAAGCUGGUGGCCAAUGGCAUCCAGAACAAGGAGGCAGAGGUGCGCAUCUUCCACUGCUGCCAGUGCACAUCUGUGGAGACCGUCACGGAGCUCACGGAGUUCGCCAAGUCCAUCCCUGGCUUCGCGAACUUGGACUUGAAUGAUCAGGUCACUCUACUGAAAUAUGGAGUGUAUGAGGCCAUAUUUGCGAUGCUGUCUUCUGUGAUGAAUAAAGACGGGAUGCUGGUAGCCUAUGGAAAUGGCUUUAUAACUCGUGAGUUCCUAAAGAGCCUAAGGAAACCGUUCUGUGAUAUCAUGGAACCAAAGUUUGAUUUUGCGAUGAAGUUCAAUGCACUGGAGCUAGAUGACAGCGACAUCUCCCUUUUUGUGGCUGCUAUCAUUUGCUGUGGAGAUCGCCCCGGCCUUCUAAACGUGGGACACAUUGAAAAAAUGCAGGAGGGCAUUGUGCAUGUGCUCAAACUUCACCUGCAGACCAACCACCCGGACAACAUCUUUCUCUUCCCAAAACUCCUUCAAAAAAUGGCAGACCUCCGGCAGCUGGUCACCGAGCACGCACAGCUGGUGCAGGUCAUCAAAAAGACGGAGUCGGACGCAGCCCUGCACCCCCUGCUGCAGGAAAUCUACAGGGACAUGUACUGACGGCUUGAGAGCGAACCGCACGACAAGCAGCUCUUCGAGGACUUUUAAAGUCGACAGCACUACAAAUGAAAACUGGGAGCAAUGCCUGCUUUGCACAAAUUCCACCAUUUUCACCUUAGAGAAUGGGACGGAUGAGCCCUAGGUAACCGGAAACCUAGACCACAUUUCUUUCUUUUUCACAUCAGUACUUGUAAGAGCGUGCCAAGUGUCGAAACGCCGGUGACAGGUAGCUGAUAGGCAGUUCUUGGAAAAUUAAGGGGAAUGAUGCCCAGCAGUCUGAUUUUAACUCACUUGAUGUUAAUCCAUGCAGAUUUCUUUAUAUCACAUUAGCCGUGUAGCCUUGAAUUAACUGGUGACCUUGAAA